AACGAAAGCUCUAAAACUGCACUGAGCACAUUAUAUACAUGAAUCCUGUUGAGCAUACUGUUUUAUUUCUUCACUGAUUCCACAUACGUUGUGCCCAAAUAAAAGAUGAUAAGAUAAUAUGGAAAAAAUGUCUGAUGUGGAAACUGAAGAUGAAAAAGGAGGAAGCAGUGACGACUAAAAUAAAGACAUCACGUUGACUCUGAAAGGGGAACAGAGUAGUCAAGGACAGCAGUUAACUCCUGGAAAUCAAAACCAUCAACAUUUACUGUAAAAAAGAAAUUCAUAACCAGGACAAGAAGAUGCCAUUUUGCUGGUGGUGUUUUUGCCUUUGCUGCCUAUUGCUCAAAGAAUGUGCUACUGAGCAUGACUCAUGGAAUAUAGCGGUGUCUCACUCUGUGGUUGGUCUGGAAGGCUCGUGUUUGGACAUUUCCUGCCGGUUUAACUACCCUGGUUCAGAUAGGAAGGCCUCGGACUACAAAGGGAUCUGGUUAACAGAUUCUAAUGAGAAAGUCUUCCACUCUGAGGCGUCCCAGAUCAGCAGCACGUUCCUGCAUCGUACCAGCAUGCUGGGGGACUUACAUCACAGAAACUGCUCACUCAAGAUCAAUCCUCUGAAGAACAGUGAUAAAGGACCUUUUACAUUCAGGAUUGAGAUUGUAGGUUUCAACAAGUACUCUUUCGGUAAUCAUAAAGUCACCGUUACAGUGAAAGAUGCUCCAGAGCGUCCUACACUUCAUGUGGAAGAAGAAAUGAAGACAAGAAAAAAGGUGACAGUGACCUGUUCUGUUCUGCACUCCUGUCCUUCUGCUCCUCCCCGAAUUACCUGGAACCACCCAGGAAAAGAAAGCAUCGAAUCAAAGAAGCAGGCUGAUGACCAGUGGCAGUUAACAUCGUCUUUGAGCUUUACCACAACCAACCAGGACAACAACAAAGUCCUCAGCUGCACGGCUGAGUUUACAGGAGGGAUGAAAGUGAGCAGCAGCAAAAUUCUCAAUGUCAAAUAUCCUCCAACUGAUGUAAAGGUGAUCUCCAGGUCUUUAGUGACGGAGGGGAGCUCUGUGGAAAUGAAUUGCUCCAGUGACAGCAACCCUGCUGCCAACUCCUACAAGUGGAUCACAAGUAACAAGACAGUAGUUUCAGAAGAACAGACCUACACGAUGCAGAGUGUGAACAGACACGUGGAGCCUCUUUACUGCAUAGCUGUUAACACAGAGGGAGAAUCCAGUUCCAGUCUAGUGAAGCUCAGUGUAGUGUAUCCUCCUGAAAUUAAAACCACCUCCUCGUGUUCUUCAGAGUUCUCUAAAGCAACGUGUGUGUGCAUGGUCGAUUCCAAUCCCACCAGCGACAUCAAGUGGUGGGGAUCAGAUCAAACCAAAGUGCUCCAAAGCUCCAGCACAGAGCAUCAUGGCUUUCUGUCUGUUGUAACUCUCCAGUCUACUGUACUGGACUCAGACACUGUGCACUGCUACGCCAAUAACAGCCUGGGGCAUUCUACCCUGACUUUACACGUUCCUCACAGUGAUAAGCUUCUUUACACUGCAGUCGCUGCCUCAGUAUUUCUUGUGAUUAUCAUUGGCCUCACAGCAUGGAUGGUAAAAAAAAGCUGUGGAAGCAGCAGGGCUGAACAGCCUGUAACACACACGAAGACUGAGAUGGAUGUGACACAGUGUGCCUCAGAAAGAAAAUGUGAGGCCUACUCAACCUACGAUGAAAGUCAUCAUGUGUACGGAAAUAUGGGGCUUGAAGAAGACAACGAUCCAUACACAUUUGAAGAACCUGAUGAUGAGGCUAUGUAUGCCAAUGUAUAAAACCACACAGUGUGAUUUCAAUGAGAUAUUUCCAUUUAUAUCAACAUCCACUUAGUAAUAUAUUUUAAAUAAAGACUUUUAGAAAUACGUAGUAUGUAAACAUGUUUUAGCAUACAGGGAGCAGUUUUCCUUACUAUUAAGAACAUCUGAACAUGGAAAAAGAGUGCUCAGUAUAAUGUUCUCAACCCUCUAAGAAUCAUCUUUUGGGAAACCCAGACCAGAAUAGCGAAGUUAAGCUUCACCUGAAAGACUGGAAAUAGAAACACAAGCAGGUUACAAUGCUUUGUGAUGCUCAGUGAUUAGAGAUGAGAGCAGAUAUGGACUCCUUUAAACUCCAGUCAGUGCAUGGGUGGAAUAUUUUAUUGUCACCAAAGCCUAAGUAUGAAUACUGUAUGAAGCUUUUUGUAAUUUACGCUGCAGGUUGUAUGUUUAUUUGCACUUUGAUCUGAUUCACCUGUUGUCAUAGUGUUUAAAUUAAACUAUACUGUGGUCUCUCUACACCAGUUUAUAAAAUAUUGGGUCUAUUAUAAAUUGAAAUCUUUAACUACUACAAAUAAACUACUAAUUUCGUAACAUGAGGCCAAUCUAUUAAUUGCACACAAUGUACCACUCUGACUGGUGGAGAUAACAGUACCCUUAGUGCCAUAUUGUCUCAGGUAGGCUGUUUUUCCCAAUGAGUAAUGUACAUUAUAAGAUGUAAAUUUAUUUCAUUUCAUAAUUUCAUUUGUUCGAUAAAAAAUGUAUAAUUCUGUGUUCAGUAAUUCUAUUACUUACAGUGUUUUAGGUUUUUUUUUUUACAAAUGUUAAGGCUUAUUGAUGUGGAUUUUGGAUGAUUUUACUGCUGUACAAACCAUUAACCUUAAUUAUUGCUUGAUUAUACAUUAAGCUGUAUUUUCUUGAUGAAUGAGCAAAUGACAAUGCU